AUGAGGCUGUUCCUGUGUCUUCUCCUGGUCGUCCUGGCUGUUUGUUGCUAUGAAGCUAAUGCCGCCCCAGUUUGUUUAGCAGUUAAGCGUGCAUGCUCCACCUUCCUACUGUUCAGUGAGAAAGCACUGAAGAAAGAACUUGGGAGAUACGAUGCACCUCCAGAGGCUGUUGAAGCAAAAUUGCAAGUGAAGCGAUGUGUAGACAGCAAACUGAGCUACGUAGAAAGAGUUAGCGUAGCAGGUGUAUUGGACAAUAUGAACAUGCUUCAGAAAGUUCAGGUCACUGAAACCCUGCCCAUUAUGGGUGACCAAAAGAAAAGAAAGAACUCUUCCAAGAAUGUUAUACAAUCACCAGUAACACUUUUUAAAAAGCAUACAAAUACACCAGCAUAA